GCCUGCGUUGCGCGCGGAUCUUUGCAGCUCGCGGGAGGGUAAGAGGCCACCGGAUUCUGCGCUGCAGUUGUCAGCCCACUUCCUAGAGCAGAACGAGGCGGCGGCGAGCCAGAUCUCACCAUGGCCGCAAAUUAUUCUAGUACAGGUACCAGGAGAGAACACAUCAAAAUUACACCUGACCCUCAGCCAGGCUUCCUGGAACGGCUGAGCGAGACCUGGGGCGGGAUGUUUAUGGGGCUCGUGACCUUCCUGUUCUCCUUCUACAUAAUUUUCACCAAUGAGGGCCGUGCAUUGAAGACAGCAACCUCACUGGCCGAAGGGCUCUCGCUUGUGGUGUCCCCCAACAGCAUCCACAGCGUGGCUCCAGAGAAUGAAGGGAAGCUGGUACACAUCAUCGGGGCCCUGCGGACGUCCAAGCUCUUGUCUGAUCCAAACUAUGGGGUACAUCUUCCGGCUGUGAAGCUGCGGAGGCACGUGGAGAUGUACCAGUGGGUAGAAACAGAAGAGUCCAGGGAGUACACCGAGGAUGGGCAGGUGAAGAAGGAGACGAGGUACUCCUACAACACUGAAUGGAGGUCAGAAAUCGUCAACAGCAAAAACUUCGACCGAGAAAUUGGCCACAAAAACCCCAGUGCGAUGGCAGUUGAGUCAUUCACGGCAACAGCCCCCUUUGUCCAAAUUGGCAGGUUUUUCCUCUCAGCAGGCCUCAUCGACAAGAUUGACAACUUCAAGCCACUGAGCCUGUCCAAGCUGGAGGACCCCCACGUGGACAUCAUUCGCCGGGGGGACUUUUUCUACCACAGUGAGAAUCCCAAGUAUCCAGAGGUCGGAGACCUGCGCAUCUCCUUUUCCUAUGCGGGACUUAGCGGCGAUGACCCCGACCUGGGCCUGGCUCACAUGGUCACUGUGGUUGCCCGGCAGCGGGGUGACCAGCUAGUCCCGUAUUCAACCAAGUCUGGGGACACCUUGCUGAUCCUGCACCAUGGGGACCUCUCAGCAGAGGAGGUGUUUCGAAGAGAACAGAAGAGCAACUCCAUGAAGACCUGGGGCCUGCGGGCUGCCGGCUGGAUGGCCAUGUUUAUGGGCCUCAACCUCAUGACGCGGAUCCUCUAUACCCUGGUGGACUGGUUUCCUGUCUUCCGAGACCUGGUCAACAUUGGCCUGAAAGCCUUUGCCUUCUGUGUGGCCACCUCGCUGACCCUGCUGACUGUGGCUGCUGGCUGGCUCUUCUACCGGCCCCUGUGGGCCCUGCUCAUUGCCUGCCUGGCCUUGGUGCCCAUCAUCAUUGCUCGGACACGAGUGUCAGCCAAAAAGCUGGAGUGAAACAGUCCCUAGCGCCCACCUGACACAUGCGUGAGCCUCAAGACCUGGGUCACCCCUGUGCUCUUCAGGGGCAGACUUGCAGCAUGUACGUCGGGUUUGGUUCACCAGUGAGCAUCCUCCCCACCCCUUUUCUUGCCAGUAAGCAGCUGUGGAGGGCAGAAGCAGCUGGUUAAUGGCAACCUAACAAGCAUUCUCCUGCUGGUUUCCUUCUGUUCUCUUGAGGCUGAGUGGGUGUGGCCAGGCUCCAGGGUUUGUUUCCCUGAACUCAGCUGAUCUGUCAGAUGAGGAGGCAGAGAUGCUCCAGAGGCCUGUUGAUGAAGGACUCAGCCUGUUAGCUCAGCCUAAGCUGCUGCUUAUCAUCGAAGACAAGUGCCAGGGCUCUGCCACGACCACCACCACAUCCAGGAUCCUAACGGGUGGCCUUUGCCCAUCACUGCUAAGCAGCACCGGAUUACCAACAGAUGGUCUGAGCACAUGCCCCACAGAACAGGAGCACCAGAAACCAAGUCUGUGGAUAGAACUUGAUUUGGUACUUAAAAAAAAAAAAAAAAAAAAAAAAACUGAAGAUUUCAUAAUGAGACAAACUGGACAUUUAUUGGGCUUUGCACAUAUUUCCUGGUUUGGCAUAAUCUUUUCAGUGUCUAGGAUGCCCAAAGGUCCUGUUUAAGUUUUUCUUCAUCAGUUCGUUGCUUCACUUCUUCACGUGUACUUUCCUACCCCGAGGGAGUGGUCUGAAAUAAAAUUUUAAAAAACAAAACAGAAACAUCCUGAAUGAUCCAACAUUUCAGACUAUUACAGAAAACACCCUUUAAUCUGUCAAUUGAAAUUAAUCCAGAGCGCAGAAAGGUGUUAACUUGGGGUAUGACAGCUGAUUAAAAAAUAAGUGACCUGUCAGUAUUCUGGGUCACUGGGAAACUUUGGAAGGGAUGCUUUUGAAACAAGUGUUAGCAAAGGAAUUUAUUUUCACUCUGGGAGGAGAUGGAGACUCUACAGGAUGGAGAAAAGCAUUUUUUUUUCAUCUUCUGGCAUCGGAAACUACUUAUUCACUUGAAGAUGGUUCUGAGUUUUUAGUCAACCAUUAAAGAAAAAGGCUGGAAGACUUAUACUAAGUGGGAUCCUUCACAGUGACCCCAGUCAACCAAAACCAAGAAUCAAAGGCCGAGGAUUGCUGUAGAAUGCCGAUGCCUGGCCCAGCUCCUCUCACUGCGGGAAGGCUUCUGACGUGGGCAUGCCAACAACAGGGGGCUGCUUGUGAGUGGAAUUUCUGUGUAAAGGGUCAGUAGCUUUACUGCUCCUAAGUAAAAUCCGCCCAAACUUUAUUCACAGUUUCUACGUUUCCCAACCACUCACAUCCUCUUAAAGUAUGUUGCAAGCUUGAUGUUUUAAAUGGUCCUCUAUGUCCUUUAUCUUGUUCAUAUUCAAAAACUGUUUUGCCCUUGCUGGUAGUGCUUGCUUUAGCAACUGAGUAUUUGGUAGCUGAAUAAGGUGAUCUAUAAUAAUCUCUUGUUGACCUGGGGUAUCUUCGCUGUAAACUGAGAUUCUUCACAUUAAAAGCACAGCCAGCCUCAGAGAUGACUAAUCUGGGUUUAGGAUUGAAAUAGUAUUCACUACUGCUUAUUAAAUGAACAAUUUCAUCAGAUCGCUCAACUCUUAAAUGAUGUUUUUGGAAAACACGGUAUAACUAGACAAUGACUAAAAACAAAAUCCUUGGGAUUUGGUUUGUGUAAUUUUUUCUAAUAUGGAUUUUUAAUUACUGCCAAUUUCAAAAGUGUUCGUAAAAAGCAAGACAAUGUUAAAAAUUUAAAGGCUUUGGAAAA